AUGGAGGUGCCGCCUGCGCCCCGCCUUCCCGCCGCGGGCGCCCCGCCGGCGGCCGUGGCCGAGGUGCGCUGCCCUGGCACCGCGCCGCUGCGCCUGCUCGAGUGGAGGGUGGCGGCGGGCGCGACUGUGCGCAUCGGCUCGGUGCUGGCCGUGUGCGAGGCCGCCGCCUCGGCGCAGCCCGCCGGGCCCGCCCCGGCCCGCGCCGCUUCGGGGGGCUGCGUGCGCGCGGCGCGGGCCGAGCGCAGGCUCAGGUCGGAGCGCGCCGGCGUGGUGCGGGAGCUCUGCGCGCAGCCGGGCCAGGUGGUGGCCCCUGGGGCGCUUCUGGUGACACUGGAAGGAUGCAGCCACCCGGUCGUCAUGAAGGGCUUGUGUGCGGAGUGUGGCCAGGACCUGACCCAGCUGCAGAGCAAGAAUGGCGAGCAGCAGGUGCCGCUGUCCACAGCAACCGUGUCCAUGGUCCACAGUGUGCCAGAGCUGAUGGUGAGCUCUGAGCAAGCUGAAAAACUUGGAAGGGAAGAUCAGCAAAGACUACAUCGAAACAGAAAACUAGUCCUCAUGGUUGAUUUGGACCAGACCUUAAUUCACACGACAGAGCAACACUGUCCACAGAUGUCAAACAAAGGCAUCUUCCACUUCCAGCUGGGUCGGGGUGAGCCGAUGCUGCACACCCGCUUGCGCCCGCACUGCAAGGACUUCCUGGAGAAGAUCGCCAAGCUGUACGAGCUGCAUGUCUUCACCUUCGGCAGCCGGCUGUACGCACACACCAUUGCAGGCUUUCUAGACCCUGAGAAGAAGCUUUUUUCCCACCGGAUCUUGUCGAGGGAUGAGUGCAUCGACCCGUUUUCUAAGACAGGAAAUCUGCGAAACCUCUUUCCCUGCGGGGACUCCAUGGUCUGCAUCAUCGAUGACCGAGAAGAUGUCUGGAAGUUCGCCCCCAACCUGAUAACUGUGAAGAAGUAUGUGUAUUUCCCAGGCACAGGCGACGUGAACGCACCCCCUGGGCACCGGGAGUCUCAGGCGAGGAAGAAAGUAAACCAUUCUUCUAAAGGCGCCGAUGUCUUGGAACCAGCCCCGUCUGUGAAAGAGCCCGAGGAGGGCAGACCCGUUGCCGGGGCAGAGCGGAGCAAUGGCCUGGGGAAGCCCACCCGAGAGGUGAAUGGCAGUGAGGCUGCACUGGGAGCGUCUCCCAGCAAAGCAGAUGAGAGGGACGCCUGGCCCUGUCCCCGGGCCCCUGGUGGCCGUGAGCUGGCCGAGGCUCCCGAGCCCCAAGCCCAAGCCUCCUGUGAACAGGGAGGCCGGACCUCACCAGGGGCCCAGCCCACACAGGGCGCCUCCAGCCCGGAGUUGGAUUUUGACUUGUCCAGUGACAGCGAGAGCAGUGAGUCGGAAGGCCCCAAGUCGUCCUCCUCGACCUCUGAGGGGGAGAGUGAGAGGAGGAGCCGAAAGAGACCUGCAGCUGCCCGCGAUGGCGCCAAAGCCGCACAGCAGGGAGGUCCGCCUGACACGGGCGGGGAGAGACUGGCAGGGGCAGGCCCCCCUGGAGAGCCAGGGCCCAGAGUCCACACACAGGACAAAGGGCCAGACCUGGACGGGCAGGAGGAGGGUGAGCGAGACGGCCUCUGUGGCCUGGGCAAUGGCUGUGUGGACAGGAAGGAGGCAGAGACGGAGUCCCAGAAUAGCGAGCAGUCGGGCAUCACCGCCGGCGAGUCCCUAGACCAGAGCAUGGAGGAGGAGGAGGAGGACACGGACGAGGACGACCACCUGAUCCACCUGGAGGAGAUCCUGGUGCGUGUGCACAGGGACUACUACUCCAGGUACGACAGGUACCUCAACCAGGAGCUCGCGGAGGCUCCGGACAUACGCAAGAUCGUGCCAGAGCUCAAGAGCAAGGUGUUGGCGGACGUCGCGGUGAUAUUCAGUGGCUUGCACCCAACCAACUUCCCUGUGGAGAAGACCCGUGAGCACUACCAUGCCACGGCCUUGGGGGCCAGGGUCCUCACCCAGCUGGUGCUGAGCCCCGACGCCCCUGACAGGGCCACCCACCUGAUCGCAGCACGGGCUGGCACGGAGAAGGUGCGGCAGGCACAGGAGUGCAGGCACCUGCACGUGGUCAGCCCCGACUGGCUGUGGAGCUGCCUGGAGCGCUGGGACAAGGUGGAGGAGCAGCUCUUCCCGCUCACGGAGGACGACGCCCGGGCACACAGGGAGAACAGCCCUACAGCCUUUCCUGACAGGCACAGCCUGCUUCCAGCAGCCUUGUUCCACCCCACGCCCGUCCACCCCAAGGCCCAGCCUGGCCCCGAGGUCCGGAUCUAUGACUCCAACACAGGGAAGCUUAUCAGGACAGGUGCCCAGGGCCCUACACCAGCACCCGCCGGCUCCCUGCCUGUCCACGGGGAGUCGUCCUCCUUCAGAGCCGUCCAGCCGCAGCAGCCGCAGAUGUUUGGUGAAGAGCUGCCUGACGUGCGGGACGGAGAACGGCCCAGCCCUGCUAGGAGGAAGCGGCAGCCCAGCAUGUCGGAGACCAUGCCGCUGUACACACUGUGCAGGGAGGACCUGGAGAGCAUGGACAAGGAGGUGGAUGACAUCCUCGGGGAAGGCAGUGACGACAGCGACAGUGAGAAGAGGAGGCCAGAGGAACAGGAUGAGGACCGGGAGGGUGCAGCACGGCCCCGGGAGCCCAAGGCCCCCAGCGCCCAGAGGGGCCCACCGCUGGGACCAGCCUCGUCCAGCGACCGGAGCACUGCGGGCGCCCGCGGUCCCAGAGGCCACAAGAGAAAGCUGAAUGAGGAGGACGCGGCCAGCGAGUCCAGCAAGGAGUCCAGCAACGAGGACGAGGAGGGCAGCAGCUCCGAGGCGGACGAGAUGGCGGCGGCGCUCGAGGCGGAGCUGAAUGAGCUCAUGUGACCGGCCGCCCCGCCCCCCCCCCCCCC